UCGCUGCGCCACUCGCUUUUCCGCAAGGGCUACCAGCUGCUCGACCCCUACGUGACGGUGAGCGUGGACCAGGUGCGCGUGGGGCAGACGAGCACCAAGCAGAAGACCAACAAGCCCACGUACAACGAGGAGUUCUCCGCCACGGUCACCGAGGGCCAGCAGCUGGAGCUCUCCGUCUUCCACGACACCCCCAUCGGCUACGAUGACUUUGUGGCCAACUGCACCUUGCACUUCCAGGACCUGCUGCCCUCCGCGGGCCCCGGCGACGGCUUCGAGGGCUGGGUGGAUUUGGAGCCAGAAGGCAAAGUAUUUGUUGUCAUAACUCUGACAGGCAGCUUCACAGAAGGGACCCUGCAGCGGGAUCGCAUCUUCAAGAACCUCACGCGGAAGCGCCAGAGGGCCAUGCGGAGACGUGUGCACCAGGUGAACGGGCACAAGUUCAUGGCUACCUAUCUGCGCCAGCCGACCUACUGCUCGCACUGCAGGGAGUUCAUCUGGGGUGUAUUUGGGAAGCAGGGAUAUCAGUGCCAAGUAUGCACCUGUGUUGUACACAAGCGCUGCCAUCAUCUAAUUGUUACAGCUUGCACAUGCCAAAACAAUACUAACAAGACAGACCUCAAGGUGACUGAGCAGAGGUUUGGAAUCAACAUUCCUCACAAGUUCAGCGUGCACAACUACAAAGUCCCCACGUUCUGCGACCACUGCGGCUCCUUGCUCUGGGGGAUCAUGCGGCAGGGCCUGCAGUGCAAAAUCUGCAAAAUGAACGUCCACAUCCGAUGUCAAGCCAACGUUGCACCCAACUGCGGGGUGAACGCGGCAGAGCUUGCGAAAACCUUGGCGUGCAUGGGCCUGCAGCCGGGGAGCAUUUCCCCAAAUUCGAAACUGGUUUCAAGAUCAUCUUUGAGACAUCAGGGCAAAGGCAGCCUAAAGGAUGGCAACAACGUCAGUGAAAGUUCAGCGAGCAAACUUGGCAUCAAAGACAUGACCUUCCUCCGCGUGUUGGGAAAGGGCAGUUUUGGAAAGGUGAUGCUUGCCAAGAUGAAAGAGAGCGGGCAGCUCUACGCGGUGAAGGUGCUCAAGAAGGACGUCAUUCUUCAAGACGACGACGUCGAAUGCACCAUGACGGAGAAGCGCAUCCUGUCCUUAGCGAGGAACCACCCGUUCCUUACCAAGCUCUACUGCUGCUUCCAGACUCCUGAUCGCCUGUUCUUUGUCAUGGAGUUCGUAAAUGGCGGGGACUUGAUGUUCCAUAUUCAGAAGUCGCGUCGCUUCGAUGAAGAUCGGGCCCGCUUCUAUGCUGCAGAAAUUAUUUCAGCCCUUAUGUUCCUCCAUGAAAGAGGCAUCAUUUAUCGGGACUUGAAGCUGGAUAACGUGCUGCUGGACUACGAGGGUCACUGCAAGCUGGCAGACUUCGGGAUGUGCAAAGAGGGCAUUCACGAUGGCAUUACCACAGCAACCUUUUGUGGCACGCCAGAUUAUAUUGCUCCGGAGAUUCUGCAGGAAAUGCUUUAUGGCCCAGAUGUUGACUGGUGGGCCAUGGGCGUGCUGCUGUACGAGAUGUUGUGUGGCCAUGCCCCCUUCGAGGCCGAGAACGAGGACGACCUUUUUGAGGCCAUCCUGAAUGACGAAGUUGUCUACCCAACGUGGCUGCAGCAGGACGCGGUGGCAAUCCUCAAAGCA